GAACCCCUUGUGCUGAGAUCGUGAAGGUAAAAUUUUUAAGCAUUCUAAUCUCUACCUUAUGUUUUAAGUUUUAAGUUUUUAUUUUUAUUCGUAUUUUUCUUUUAUUUGCUUAUUUUCAUUUACAAUUUCACACUUACAUUAACUGAUAUUACAUAUUGUUUCACAAUAUUUGCAGUUCAUUGAGCCCUUGGUAGUUCUCCUACGUGUUGCUGACGGGGAGAAGCCUGCAAUGGGCUACAUAUACGAGGGCAUGGAUAGGGCCAAGGAGGGCAUCAGAUCUGCCUAUGAAGGGGAUGAGAGUAAGUAUCGUCCCAUUUGGGAUAUCAUUGACAGGAGAUGGCAGACCCAGCUUCAGAGGCCCCUUCAUGCAGCUGCUUAUUACCUCAAUCCGGCAUUCCAUUUCCGCCCUGAUUUCAAGGCGGAUGAGGCUGUUCUUAGUGGGCUCUACUCAGUGAUAGAGUGAAUGUCGCCUGGUCAUAGCAGCAAUAUAGUCCAGGAGCUAGAGGCUUUUUCUAAUGCUGAAGGGGAGGUCUUCUCUCGUAUGCUUUGCAAAGAAAAUCGGACAAAAAUGCAGCCAGAUAGGUGGUGGCAGAUGUUUGGUCCUAAAACACCAAAUCUUCAACAGGUAGCCAUUCGUAUUUUGAGCCAACCAUGCAGUGCUUCCGGUUGUGAGCGCAAUUGGAGUAUGUUUGAGCACAUACACUCCAAGAGGCGCAAUAGACUGUCUGUGGAGAGGUUGAAUGAUCUAGUCUUUGUUCAUUACAACCUCUGUCUUAGACACAAACAGGUUAUGGACCAUGACAGCACCCCGAUCACGCUAGAGGAGGUUGAUCCAGAAUCUGAGUGGAUCAGUGAGGCUACAGAUCCUAUGUUUGGUGAUGAGGACUUAGAUUGGAUCGACGAGGUAGAUAGAGAGGCUGAGGUUGUAGCCAUGGCAGAGGAGGAGGUUAGAGCGCGAGGAGAGCCAGAGCCAGAGCCAGAGCCAGAGCUAGAGCCAGAGCUAGAGCCAGACACAGCUGAUGUUUGUGAGGGUAGAAUGGAGUCACGGGCAGAGAGUAUGGCUGUUGAUGCAUCUAGGACCUACCUUAGGGUUAGACGCCUUCGUAGGAAGGACCCAAGCUCCUUUGAGCCAUAGACUUGUAGUUGUUUUACUUUUGAUAUAUGUGUGGAACUGGAACAUUUGAAUUUUGAUGUCAUGGAUUUGAUAUUCCAUGAGUUUUGUAAUAUUUUUACAUUUGACACUAUUUAUAUAUCUAUGGUUAUUGGUUGCUAUUUCCUUCAGCUACAAUUUGUGUUUAUACUAAUGUGAUCGAUGUAUACUUGUGUAUGUGAUCAAAUUAACUUCUAUUUGAUGAUGUUAUUGUGUAUUUAAGGUUUGUUUAAUAAAGGGUGCAUGAAACAAGUUUUAAAUCCUUAAAAAUCGCUAAAUUUCUUGGGUUUUUCACUUUGCUGAGUCCUAGCCGAUCCGAGUCCCGAGUCCUGAGUCGAGUCACCCUUGCCGAGUCCGCGUCGAGUCCGAGUCCCGUUUCUUUGAUCAAUACCCUCAACCUGUGAGAAACCCUUUGCAACAAGACGUGCUUUGUACUUUUCAAUGGAACCAUCAGCAGCAUACUUGGUGCGAUACAACCAGCGACACCUAACCAUCUUUCUGCCCUUAGGAAGAGGACAGAGAUCCCAAGUAUGAUUCCUCAUCAAAGAAGAAUACUCCUCCUCCAUAGCACAAUCCCACUCAGGACGACCGGUAGCCUCUGAAAACUUCUGAGGAUCAUUUGAAAUAGCAUGACUCAAAAGACUAGAACCCACAGUAUGAGAACGGGUACGACGAGUAUCUAAAGGAUCACUGGCCAGAGGACCUGCCGCCUUAACAGUAAAGCGAGCCCACUUGGGCAUCUGAGGUGGAGCAGGUGGAGGUGGGGAUGGUGGAUCAUCAGCACCAUCAUCAGAAUCAUCCUCAAAAAGAUCCUGAAGAGAUGCAGUGGAAGGAGUAGGCAGAGGAGUAGACACCGGAGUCGGGGUAUCCAUUGUGGGAAGGCGCUCAUCAAACUGAACAUCUCGUCGAAACAGGACCUCUCUGGAAUCAGGAUCAAACAACCUGUACGCCUUAACAUCCUCACAAUAGCCAACAAAAAUGAGAGGUCGGCUCUUCCGCUCCAUGGCUUUCCUCUGAGCAUCAGGAAUAAAAGCCCAUGCCUCACUGACAAACACUCGGAAAAAAGAAACAUCAGGCUUGUUAUGAGACCAAGCCUCCUCAGGAGUCAUAUGUCGAAUAGCCUUGUGAGGCAUCCGAUUCUGAAUAUAGUUGGUACACUUGACUGCCUCAGCCCAAAAAGACAAAUCCAUGGACCUGGACUGAAUCAUACAAUUCGCCAUCUCCCGUAAGGUUCUGUUCUUGCGCUCAGCGACACCAUUCUGUUGAGGGGUGUAGGGAACAGUAAACUGAUGCUGCAAACCAUGCUCAGUGCAAAAAUCUUUGAAAGCCUGGUUCACAUACUCCCCCCCAUUGUUUGUACGUAUCUUCCGAAUAGAACAACCCGACCGCUUCUCAACAAAUGUCUUGAAGAUUCAAAAUGAAUCAAAGACAUCAGACUUGUACUUAAGAAAGUACACCGAUGUGCGUUUGGAGAAGUCAUCAAUAAAAGUGAGCACAUACUUGGCCCCAGAACAAGGAGUGGGAAAUGACAUGAGAUCACUGUGAAUCAACUCCAAGAGUGCCAAAGCACGAGGGGCUCUUUCCUUUGGAAAGGGAUCUCUGUGAUGCUUGCUUAGCACACAACCAUGACAAACACCAUCAGUGCAGGAAAUCUGUGGGAGCCCAAGAACAAGUGCCUGCGUACUCAUCUGUUGAAGAUAUCUGUAAUUGACAUGGCCCAAGCGCUCAUGCCAAAGCUUACUCACUGAAUCUGCAUGGGCUAUAAGAGACGAACCAACACCCAAAGAGGGCUCAAAUCCAUCAAAUCUGUAUAGACGAGAAGCAGUAUCAACACUCCCAGUAGCAACAACUAAGUCAGAAUCAUGGAGGUCCUGAAUAACCACAUCAUGUGGUGACAACUCAACUGUCUUACCAGAGCCAUAGUGACAACUCUGAUAAAUGGAUAGAAGUUUCGUCAAGAUGUCAGGAACAACCAGAACAUCCUGCAGAGUACCCCCCAUCCAAUGAGACAGAACCUGAACCCAAGACUGAAAGUUGAACCGAGUCACCCACUGCAAUCUGUGAAGUACCACAAGAGGCAAGAGAAACAACCAACUACUGAGUGUGAGUCAUAUGGUGAGAAGCACCAGAAUCUAGAAUCCAUGUGGACCCAUAGGUCGAAGCUCGAGCAUGACCUUUCCCUGUGGAAGGAGAAGAUGCCUGAGGUGAGGAGAUGUGAUGUUGCUGCAUGGCUUCCUCUAAAGCCUCUAAACACUUCCAACACUUGGAAACGGGAUGUCCUUCCUUGCCACAAAAACUACAAGUAUCUCCUGAUUUCUUCUUAGUCUUGGAGGAAGACUCACUAGAUUGUGAAGAUUUCCCAUGCUUGGGAGGAAAUGGUGGUUUAGAUUCAACUUAUGAGCAGGCUUGGAGGGAUUCUCAUUACCUGCAGAAGGCUUCUUCGGCUUUGAUUUCUGCUUUUGUUUUUCCUUAGAGGACUGAGCAACCAAUGCUUUGUUCUUGGAUCCUGAAAGCAUAUCCAACUGAGAAAGAUGAGACUGCUCACGAGACAAACGCUCACAAAAGACAUCAAAGGUAGGCAUGGUGAAACGAGCACCCAAGCCAUCCAUGGUGGAGUAGAAAGUAGAGGCAAAAAACUGAAAAUGACCCCGAAGCUUCGAAAUAAUCAAAUGAAUGCACUUUGUGUCCGUCUUGAUCUUGCCACAACCCUGAAGAACAGAUCUGGUAGUCUUGAACUUGUUCAAGAAAUCCUCAAUGGUGGGAAAGGAAUCAGGUGACAAAGAAACCAACUCCGCCUCAAUCUGCAAUGCCUGAAUCUCAUUGACCCUCCCAAAGAGAGAAUCAAACUUCAACCACAUAGCUCGAGGAGUGAGCAACUCAUCAAGGUGAAAUAGAAGAGUGUCUGAGACAUGCAAGGAGAGCAACCCCAUGGCCUCAUCCAUCUUGUUCAUGUGUUGAAGAAGCUCAUAAGGACGUUGCAAUACAGGCUGAACCUCAUCCAAACAAGACCACAACCCUCGUGCCUUGAGAAGCCUCGUGAUGCGGGGCUUCCAGGUGUGAUAGUUGUGUGAAGUCAACAACUCAACUGAAAGAUUUGCCAUGAGAACAAAACUUUGUAUCUGCACCUGCACCUGCUUGGUUUUUUUUAUUAUGUGAUCUUUCAGAAUAGAUAGAAGAUGCAGAAGGGUUUGUUUGUUUUCAGAGUUUUGGUGUUUUGGAUUUCUGAUAUAAAUGACAGAAAGCAAGAAAAAAACACCCCCCCACAAUAGAUAAACCCAAACCCUAGUACAUACUGAUGAGAAGGAAGUAGUGCAUAAGCAAAAAAAACUUCAAACUGAUAUCUCAUGUACCUGAUGAAAAUUCUGAGAAAAAAGAUCACAAAUCUGAAUAGAACAUGCUGAGAGCUUUCCAACGCCUAUUCGUUUUCGAAAAACGGAGUCCGUUUGCCCAUUCUACGGCCCUGGAAGUGCAGAAAAGAAGCCCGACUUUGACUGGAAAAAAGUACAGUCAAACAAAAGAUUCGGAAAAUAAAUCCAACUCCACGACGUUUGGCUCAGAAUCAGCUUUCUGACGCCUAUUCGUUUUUCAAAAAACUACUCCAAAUGUGAAAGAUAGGACCAAAAACCAACCCCCCCUCAAAAAAGGCUAGAGGGUGGCGAAGCCAAGAGGAGGUGGCCGGAGG